AUGGCUGGAGUUAAGGGGAAUUCGCUACGCGAUCGUCAAAUUGCAUCGCUGAAGAAGAUUCUCAACUUGAACGAGGUCGUUGAACAGAAAGAUGAAGACGAAUCCCAUGCCAACGGGCUGGCCCCUGUUGGUCCUAUCCUAAAUGCCAAUGGCGAGCCUGUAUGGAAGGUCCUUGUCUUUGAUGACCUCGGUCGCGAUGUAAUCAGUAGCGUCAUGAGAGUAAAUGACUUGCGAUCAAUGGGUGUCACUAUGCACAUGCAUCUAGCCGCAUCUCGACAUCCUAUUCCCGACGUCCCCGUCAUAUAUCUCGCCUUUACUCUCCUGCCUACAUCAACUUCCUCUCAUCCAUACCGCGCCCCCCUCCUCGAAGAUUUCGCGUCGCAAACCGCAGCUGCCGGCACCGCGGAGCACAUUGCUCAACUAUUCGACCAGUACCUAAAUUUUAUCGUCGCCGAACCAGACUUGUUCAGCUUAGGGAUGCAGAAGGAACAUACAUACUGGGCAUUGAAUAGUGCAAAGACCAAGGAUGAAGAAUUAGAUCACGUCGUCGACAGGAUAGUCAGUGGUUUGUUUAGUGUUGCUGUGACUAUGGGUGUCAUUCCAAUUAUACGAUGUCCUAAAGGUGCUGCAGCAGAGAUGAUUGCUGGCAAACUCGACCGAAAGCUUCGCGAUCACAUCCUCAACUCUAAAGAUAAUCUUUUCUCUUCCAAUACACGACCCGCCUCAUCUGCAGGCACUCCUGCCUCUCGUCCCGUCCUUGUCAUCCUUGACCGAAAUGUCGAUCUAAACCCUAUGCUCUCGCAUUCCUGGACAUAUCAGUCGCUUGUACAUGACGUCCUUAACAUGAAGCUCAAUAGGAUUACUAUCGAGACGCCUAUAGAUGAAGAGAACCCGGCGAAGGGGGUAACAAAGAAGGCUUACGACUUGACUUCUACGGAUUUUUUCUGGGAAAAGAACUCCGGUGUACCCUUCCCCCAAGUCGCCGAAGAUAUCGACGCUGAGUUAAUGCGGUACAAAGAAGACGCGCAAGAAAUUACCAAAAAGACAGGCGCAUCGUCUAUAGAAGACUUGCAGAACGACACAAGUGCGAGCGCUCAGCAUCUUAAGGCAGCGAUAACGUUACUGCCAGAGUUGAGGGAGCGAAAAGCCGUGUUAGAUAUGCAUAUGAAUAUCCUUGCGUCAGUUUUAAGGGGCAUAAAAGAUCGGCAACUGGAUAAUUACUUCCAGAUGGAAGAAAACGUCAUGAAGCAAACGAAAGCCCAAGUGCUAGAGGUCAUCAAGGACAACGAUAAGGGCAACGAUUCCUUAGACAAGCUCCGCUUGUUCAUAAUCUGGUUCUUGAGCACAGAGCAGGAAGUUAGUCGGGCGGAUUGGACCCAGUUCGAGGAAGCUCUCACAGCGGCAGGAGUAGACACUACUUCUCUUGCCUAUGUCCGACAGGUUCGGGCUACGACGAAGAUGACCCAAUUAACAACUAUCGGCCCGUCCCAACCCUCCGCCGCGCAAUCUGGCUCGACUGACCUCUUCGGACGUUUCUCUUCUCUGUCGAGUCGCCUGACUGACCGAUUAAAGGAGACUGGUGUUGGAGUCCCCACAAAUCUCGCGUCCAACUUUGACUCCUUAAUAGGCGGUAUCAAAAACUUCUUACCAGCCAACCGCGACCUAACUAUCACCAAAAUCGUCGAAUCCAUUAUGGAUCCCCAAGCUGCAUCGACAUCCGCCAUCGCCAAGACAGAGAAUUACCUAUACUUCGACCCGCGAAGCGCAAACGCACGAGGUAGCAUGCCGCCACCAAGCGCGGUACGAGCCGGCGUAGCAGGUAGCACACCAGGAUCACUCCCCGGCGGUCCCGGGAUCCAGGGCCCCGGAACAGGCGCCAGCUUCGGACAGCGACGACAAGGGUAUACGGAAGCGGUCGUAUUCACCGUUGGUGGCGGGAGCAUGGAUGAGUACGGCAAUUUACAAGAGUGGGUACAACGGACAGGCGAGGGAGGUCGUGCCAAGAAGAGAGUCGUGUACGGUAGCACGGAGCUCCUGAACGCGCACGAGUUCAUCAAAGAGGAAUUGGAGAGGCUGGGACGGGAGGUCCCGUAG